AUGCUGCCCCCGCGGGGGGUCACGCCGCACCCCGGGGCCGUCGAGGAGUCGAAGAGCCCCGGCGACGGCGACGGCGGGCCCGUCGUCCCGCCGGAGUCGACGCGGAGCUUCGUCGUGCGGCGCCGGCGCAACGCGGCCCAGACGCGCCUCAAGCUCUUCAUCGCCGCCGUCGUGCUGCUCUGCGUCGGCGGCGCGCUGCCGUUCCUCCUCAAGGAGACAGCCUUCCGGGGCGUGUCCGUCGUCGCCGUGAGCGAGCUGAGCGCCUGCGCCGUGAGCCUGCUCUGCUGCGGCGUCGUGCUCCGCACCUACGCGGACGGCCCCGGCGCGUACCGGCGCCACCCGAACCGCCUCAUCGUGCUCAAGACGGCCUGCGACGGCGGCCUGAACGUCGUCGUGCUCUGCGUCGUCGUCUGGCUCGCGGCCGUGCGCUGCAACGGCGCGAGGCUCGAGCGCCACGAGACGCGGAAGCAGGAGUGCUUCGCGAAGGGCUACCUCAGCGCGUGGAUCCCCUUCUUCACGCAGCUCUUCUCCACGUCGUCCGAGGCCUGGUUCUUCGUGCUGUUGCUGGACCUGCGGCGGUCCGACCUCGACGACCCCUUCCCGGCGGACGCGCGGAGCCGGAGCCGGAGCUCGAACGUGGAGACGGACGACGGCGACGACGCGGGCCCCCGGCCGUCGCGGUCGUCGAAGGCGCGGCGGCGCCGCGCGCGGCGGCUCUACGACGAGGACGUGGACUACUCGCUCAAGCCGCAGACCAACGACGCCCUGCGCCGGGAACUGCUCUACUACGUCACGUCGGGCAUCCGCCAGGCCGCGCGCGCGUCCGCGAACUCGUGCGCGGGCGGAGGCCGGCGGCCGUCGACGCCGCGGCCGAGCGACGCGUCGCUGUCGGCGCCCGACGGCGACCGGCCCAUCAACCUGAAGCGCCGCGACGUCGGCGCGCCCAUCGCGCUGUCCCUGGCCAAGCUGCUCCAGCUCUUCUUCUGGGACGACGCGCUCGACGGCGUCGCGGGCGCGGCGACGCGGCGGCGGCCGCGCGGCGCGUCGGGCGCGGGCGACGCCGCGCCCAAGGGCCCGGCCGAGCGGCCGCGGACCAUCGACGAGGACGCGUCGUCCGAGGCGUCGACGGUGCUCGGCGCCGUGGAGACGAAGAAGACGCGCAUCGACGACGACGCCGCGGCGCCGCGCGGCGCGCCGCCGAGCGACGGCGGCUGGAGCGACCGCGACUCGAGCCAGCGCCACUCGUCCUGGUCCACGCAGCACGCCGACGCCGCCGACUUCCGCGCGUCCCUGCUCCGGAGCGACGCGGGCGCCGCGGACGACGACGGCGACGGCGGCGACCGGGGCGGGAAAAGAGCGCGACAUUCCCAACUUCAAAGGCUCCUCUCUCGGCCGUUGUCCACUCGCGACGACGACGCGUCGCGGGCGGGCUCCGUCGCGCCGCGCGCGGGGUCCGGGUCCGUGCUCGGCGCCCUCGCGCGGCGCUUCCUCGCGCGCGACGAGCCGGGCCGCGCCGUGUCCGCGGCGGGCCGCUCCGGCCGCGACCGCCGCGCGGACAGCGAGAGCCUCGCGGCGCGGUCCACGGCCGCGCCGUCGCUCGCGCCCGUCGUCGAGGAGGGCUACGACGCCGGCGGCGACGGCGCGGCCAUCGUCUUCGUGGACUACAAGCCGCGGACCUUCGCGCGCGUCCGCGACCGCUUCGGCGUGCGCCUCGAGGAGUACGCGAACUCGUUCCGGUCGACGCAGAAGGAGCGCUUCACCGAGGGCGGCUCGUCCGACGCCUUCUUCUUCUACAGCGGCGACGAGCGCUUCAUGGUCAAGUCCUGCACGCGCCACGAGUUCGACAGCCUCGUCGACAUGGCCGACGGCUACGCGGCCUACAUGUGCGAGCCGGCGAACGGGGCCACGUUCGUCGUGCGGCUCCUGGGCGCGCACUGCCUGCGGCUCUACGAGAUGGCCUUCUACUUCCUGGUCAUGGAGAACGUGCUCUGGAUGGAGGACGCGCGCGGCGCGCGCGUCGACGCCGUCUGCGACGGCGCGGGAAAAGAGCGCGACGUGCCCAGCUUCGACGGCGCCCCCCCCGCGACGAUGCUCGUCGUGAGAACUCUCGCCCGCCGCUUCUCCGCGGCGGCGGCCACCCCGCCCGCGGACCUGAGCCGCUACGGCGCGGUCCUCGGCGGCGCGCGCAUGGACGAGGCCUGCGCCCGCGCCUUCGACACGUGGCACGGCUGCGUCGCCGGCGCUCAACAAGACGCAGGCGCGCCGCUCGAGCGGCUCCGGGACGUCGUCGCGGACGACUGCGUCUUCAAGCCGCCGACCUACUACACGCCCUGGGCCGGCGGCGACGAGACGACGGUGCUCCUCGCCUGCGCGGCUGAGGUCUUCGGGCCGAGCUUCGCCUACGGCCGCCAAUGGGUCUCGGAGGACGGCCGCGAGCGGGCCCCAGCGUGGGCCCUCGAGUUCUCCGCGGACGUCGCGGACACGGGGAAGCGCAUCGACGGCGUCGACCUCGUGUCCCUCGACGGCCACGGCAAGAUCAAGGAGUUCGCCGUGCUCGCGCGGCCGCCGAACGGCGUCGCCGCCCUGAAGGACGAGAUGAUGCGGCGCGUGCCGCCGCGCAUGCUCGCGUUCAAGGCGCGGAGGGCCCUCGGGUUCUAA